AUGGCCCUGCAGGCCAAACAACCCCUGCACGCGCUAGAGCAAAGAUCAAACGCCAUUAGAGAACCGCAUACUGACCAUCGUCCCACUCCCCUUCCCAAACGUCCUGACCCCACCCCGAUCUCCUACUCGAACCGCUUCUCCCGCGACGGCAACGAUGACGACUCACUCCCUACCUCCUCCAACGACUCAACCGCGACGCUGAGAGUAGCGGUCGACGAGACUCAAACAAAAGCUGGCCCCUCACGGCCACCGGCCAGGCCCUCGACACGGUCGUCACGCCACCACUUGGAACACAACCCGUUCGAGCAGUCCUUUUCUAAACCCUCGGACUCGCCCGAUGGCAACGUCGACGACGUCGAGGUUGACACGCCGACCAAGAGGAGAGGCGCAAAGGGCAACAAUGCAAAGGACGGCGAGAAGGCCGGCAGGGCAUCGUCGGUAGCAUCAACGUCAACGGCAACGGCAGCGGCAGGAGCAGCACCUUCAAAGGAAGGUGCAACGACGUCGGACAAAGCAGCUGGCCGAGGGGCAGGCACAUCGACACCGACGGGUGGCAAAGACGCCCAGACGCCGUCGUCGAAGCGCGUCCUACCGCCCGUGUCGUCGAUGACCUCGCCGUCGGCAAACGAGUCCGGCAGCAACCACUACCCGUGGUCUAACUCCUUCUCCAGCUCGCUGCGUUCGGGUCCCCUGUCGCCUGCCAUGCUUGCGGGCCCGCAAUCGUCUUUCGACCCCUCGGCCUUCCGGACCGGCUUCACCCCUGACUUGUCCACAUUCAAGACGGGCCUCACCCCUCUUGGUGCGACCGGCGCCUCGUUUCCGCCACCCAGUCCAAACACGGCUGCCUUCUUGGCCAUGGUCACCAACUCGAGCGGGCCAGGCCUGUCGGGCGCCACCAUUACACCAAACACCCUCUCUGCGCUGUCGGGAAAUCCGAUGGACAACGUCGCCAACCAGAACGCUGCAGUCACGUCGCAGCCAGGCAGCAACAAGCAAGACGACCAGCAGCAACAGCAGCAGCAGCAACAAUCACAACAACAACAGCAGCAGCCGUCACAAGCAAGAGGGACCAACGACGGACAAGCGCAGCAGCCUCAAGGGCAACAACGACAGGAUGCCGCCGCCAAUGUCAAGGCUGAAAAUCCAGCUCAGACAACACAGGCCGCUUCUGGCCUCUUCCUUCUCUCCCAGGCGCACCAGGAGCUCGCCAAGCGCGAAGACGCUGCUGCCGCGGCCCAGGCAGCCGCCCAUGCGCUUCACGGCGUCCAGCGGCCCAGCGACAGCCAGCAGCAGGCGCUGUACAACAGCAGCCAGCAGCCGCAGCACCUCGGCCCGAAUGCUGCUCAGCACGGUGGCAAGGGUGCGGCUGCUGGCCGCGGCGCAGGCAAACGCAAGAAGAGCGAACCAAAGGGCGCUGCAGGCGCGACGGGCGGUGCCAAAAAGGCAAAAUCGGCAAAGAGCGAGCAGGGCGGCUCGGUUGCAUCGAUGAGCGGCGACGAUCUUGACGAUGAUGACGACGAUGACGAAGCCAGAAUGUCAAAGGGUGCAGGCGGUAUCGAGGACGAAGAGAAGCGCAAGAACUUCCUCGAGCGUAAUCGGCAGGCGGCCUUGAAGUGUCGGCAGCGCAAGAAGGCCUGGCUUGCCUCGCUCCAGGCCAAGGUCGAGUACCUGCAGACGGACAACGAGCACCUGCAGGGGACCGUCAGCGCGCUUCGCAACGAAAUCAUGUUCCUCAAGUCGCAGCUCAUGCAGACACAGCGACAGCUUGGGCCAAAUGUCAAUGGCGGCAACCCAAACGCUCUCCUCAAUGGCAAUAAUCUCAACGUCAACCAAGCCGCAGCAGGGGCCGUGGCACCAGGCCUGGGUCGCAACUCCAUGAGCGGACCAGUGCCCAUCUCCAACGGCGCCCCGCUCGGACCUGGCAACGUCUCUGCCGGCAUGGUCGCCAACGGGCUGCCCAUGACGAGCAUGUCGGGCGUCAGCGGUGCACCACCAUCGACCAUGAACCUCGCCAACGUCGGCGCCGGCCAGUACCAGGCCCAUGCGGUACCACGGCCCACCCACAUUCCCGGCCAGUACACCCACACCGGACAGCCGAACCCUCAGCAGCAACUGCAGAGCACCAACCACGCCAGACAAACGAGUGGAUCCCACCAGGCGCCCGCUCCCACUCACGACCGCCGCGGUGAGGCCCAGGUGGCCUGA